AAAUUUGGAACGUAAAAAGCUGCAAUCAACAACUAGAAAGUACCCGUAAAUGAAUAAUUUGUUUUCCCUGUCUAUAUUGUUUCAAGAAUGUCUCUAAUUUCUGCUCAACCUUUGUUUUAUCCCAAACUCUCAAGAACGAAAUCACCACUAGUUCAUACCAAGAAUUCGCAACCACUCCACCUUAUUAAGAAAAUACGUAAUAGCCCUAUCCCAUGUUCGAAAAGCUACUUAUUUUUGCCUAAUGAUGAAAAAUUGAAAAUGGGAUUGUUGUCCAGUGGCAGAUUCAAAUCACAGGUGGGAGCUUCUUCUGGAGAAGCUAAAUCGUUUGAUUCUGAAAGGGCACCUCAAGAGGUUUUUGCUUGGUCUUCUGUUAUUUUGCCAUUUCUGUUCCCUGCCUUGGGCGGUUUGUUAUUUGGCUAUGACAUUGGUGCAACGUCUGGAGCUACCAUCUCAUUGCAGUCACCUGACCUUAGUGGCACAAAUUGGUUCAAUCUUUCAGCCAUUGAACUCGGUCUAGUGGUUAGCGGUUCCCUUUAUGGAGCUCUUCUCGGUUCCCUCAUUGUUUACCCAAUUUCAGAUUUCCUUGGAAGGAGGAGAGAACUUAUCACUGCAUCUGUCUUCUACGUAUUUGGUGGUUUGUUGACGGCUUAUGCUCCUGGUCUCGGGGUUCUCUUAGUAGGUCGGCUUCUAUAUGGUCUUGGUAUUGGUGUGGCCAUGCAUGGGGCACCUCUCUAUAUAGCAGAGACUUGUCCCUCUCAAAUUCGGGGAACUUUGAUAUCUCUAAAGGAGCUCUUCAUAGUUCUGGGUAUAUUGUUGGGUUAUUUUGUUGGUAGUUAUGAAAUUAAUGCUGUUGGAGGAUGGCGUUACAUGUAUGGAGUCAGUGCUCCUAUUGCCUUAGUUAUGGGGUUAGGUAUGUUGAGUCUCCCGCCAUCCCCACGAUGGUUACUUCUUAGGGCUGUUCAAGGUAAAGGGCCCUUGCAAGAAUACAAAGAGAAGGCCAUCAUUGCUUUACAAAGGCUAAGAGGCUGGUCGACUGGCGACAAAGUCUCUGAAAAGCAAAUUGAAGAUACCAUUGUCUCACUGAAAUCUGCAUAUACUGAUCAGGAGUCGGAAGGAAGUUUUCUAGAGGUGUUCCGGGGGCCUAGUUUGAAAGCACUUAUAAUUGGUGGAGGAUUGGUACUUUUUCAACAGAUAACUGGGCAGCCUAGUGUUCUGUAUUAUGCUGGUUCGAUUCUUCAGACUGCUGGAUUCUCUGCGGCUGCUGAUGCUACAAAAGUUUCGGUCAUCGUUGGCAUUUUUAAGUUGCUGAUGACCGGAAUAGCUGUCCUAAAGGUUGACGAUCUUGGGAGACGACCCUUGCUGAUUGGAGGUGUCAGCGGGAUUGCUCUCUCUCUGGUGCUUCUUUCUGCCUAUUACAAAUUUCUUGGAGGAUUUCCUUUUGUUGCUGUAGCUGCUCUACUUCUCUAUGUGGGCUGCUAUCAGAUAUCGUUUGGACCUAUUAGUUGGCUUAUGGUAUCAGAGAUAUUCCCACUUCGCACAAGAGGAAAGGGCAUUAGUCUUGCAGUGCUUACGAAUUUUGGCUCGAAUGCCAUAGUGACCUUUGCUUUCUCACCACUUAAGGAGUUGCUUGGAGCAGAAAAUCUUUUUCUUCUAUUUGGCGCAAUCGCUCUGCUCUCUCUUUUGUUUGUGAUUGUCUAUGUUCCUGAGACCAAAGGCUUGAGCUUGGAAGAAAUUGAGUCCGAAGUUUUGAAGUGAAACCUUUAUGGUGGGUUUUGUGGCAUUGAAGACAUCAUGUGUGCUUAAAUGUAUCAUGAAUCAAGAAAACCACCUUGUAAAUAUUUGAGUAGUUAAAUAAAAGAGCAUUGUUUGGUACCCUGAUGUUUAAAGUUCA